AUGGCGGGGCGCGGCGGGGCGGCGCGCGCCCAAUCCGGCUGCAGGGAUCGAUGCACGGGAGUGGAAGGCCUACGAGUGCGACGAGAUGACACAGCGCCGGCCGACCGCCCCGGCAGCGUGACACCUCUGCACGACGAAGAUUCCGACAGCGGCGCCGCCUCCAAGAUGAUGCAGAACCCGCUGCUGUCCCACCAGCAGCAGCACCAGCCGCAGGCGACGGCGGCCUCCGGCGCGGGCGCGCCGCCACCCCCGCCACCCCCGCCGCCCCCGACGACAUCGUUUUUCAUGUACGCCGCGGCGGCAGCGGCCGACGCCAUCCUGGGGCUGCGCGCCACCGACCUCAGCACCGCCGCCUCCACCGCCUCCGCCGCCGCCACCAGGACUGCCGGAUCCGCCUCUGCAGUGGCCGCGUGUCGGAGGACCAACCCUUCUGCUUCGGGCGAGAAGGGCGGCGCCGGUUCUUCGGAGGGCCGCAAGCAGUCGGCGGGGAAGUGCAAGCGCGUGCGCACCAUCUUCACGCCGGAGCAGCUGGAGCGGCUGGAGGCGGAGUUCGAGCGCCAGCAGUACAUGGUGGGGCCCGAGCGCCUCUACCUGGCGCACGCGCUCCAGCUCACUGAGGCACAGGUGAAGGUGUGGUUCCAGAAUCGACGCAUAAAGUGGCGCAAACAGCACUUGGAGCUGCAGCAGCAACGGCUGGCGCAGUUGAAGCAGCAACAGCAGCAGCUGCACCAUCACCAGCAGCAGCAGCAUCACCACCACCAGCACCAGCCGCAGCAGCAGCAGCAGCAGCAGCCGCAGGUCGGCCGGCUGGAGGCGUCCACGCCCGGCGACAGCGACGGCGACAGCUAUGAGUAA